AUGACCUGGGGGCCUCGGCCCGCUUGCAUCGAGUUUGAUCUUAUCUUUCUGCACUGCUGCCAUACUGGGACGGUGCUGUGGUCCGUGCUGGGCCUGGGGUCUCACCAUUGUGUGGGCCACUGGUGCCCACCCCCUCUCGCCCCGCUGUCCCACGUCGUCCCCUUCACCCACUCCCUACCUCUCACCGUAUUCCUGCAGUUCAAGGUCAAGGACAUGAGCCAGGCUGACUUCGGUCGCCUGGAGAUCGAGCUGGCCGAGGCCGAGAUGCCCGGGCUGAUCGCUUGCCGCGCGGAGUUCGGUCCCAGCCAGCCCUUCAAGGGCUGCCGCAUCACCGGCUCCCUGCACAUGACCAUCCAGACCGCGGUCCUGAUUGAGACCCUGACCGCCCUGGGCGCGGAGGUCCGGUGGUGUUCCUGCAACAUCUUCUCCACCCAGGACCACGCCGCGGCGGCGGUGGCUCGCGACUCUGCGGCGGUCUUCGCCUGGAAGGGCGAGACCCUGGAGGAGUACUGGUGGUGCACGGAGCGCGCCCUGGUCUGGGCCGACGGCGAGGGCUCCGACCUGCUGGUUGACGACGGCGGCGACGCCACGCUGCUGAUCCACGAGGGCGUGAAGGCGGAGGCGGCCUACGCCAAGGACGGCACCCUGCCCGACCCCACCUCCACCACCAACCCCGAGUUCCAGAUCGUGCUGCGCGUGAUCCGCGACGGAUUGGCCACCAGCCCCGGGCGCUGGACCGCCAUGGCCAAGCGCAUGCGCGGCGUGUCGGAGGAGACCACCACCGGCGUCAAGCGCCUGUACGAGAUGACGGCGGCGGGCACGCUGCUCUUCCCUGCCAUCAACGUCAACGACUCGGUGACCAAGUCCAAGUUUGACAACGUGUACGGCUGCCGCCACUCCCUGCCCGACGGCAUCAUGCGCGCCACCGACGUCAUGCUGGCGGGCAAGGUGGCCUUCAUCGCCGGCUACGGCGACGUGGGCAAGGGCUGCGCCAGCGCCAUGAAGGCCGCGGGCGCGCGCGUGAUUGUGGCGGAGAUCGACCCCAUCUGCGCGCUCCAGGCCACUAUGGAGGGGUACCAGGUGCAGCCCCUGGAGGACUGCCUGUCCACCGCCGACAUCUUUGUGACCACCACGGGGAACAAGGACAUCAUCAUGGCCCGCCACAUGGCCGCCAUGAAGAACAAUGCCAUCGUGGGCAACAUUGGGCACUUUGACAACGAGAUCGACAUGGCCGGCCUGCUGGAGAACCCGGGCAUCACGCGCCAGACCAUCAAGCCCCAGGUCGACCGCUUCAUCUUCCCCGACGGCCACGGCGUCAUCGUGCUGGCGGAGGGCCGCCUGCUCAACCUGGGCUGCGCCACGGGGCACCCCUCAUUCGUCAUGUCCUGCUCCUUCACCAACCAGGUCAUCGCCCAGGUGGAGCUCUGGACCGAGCGCGACUCGGGUAAGUACGAGAACAAGGUGUACGUGCUGCCCAAGAACCUGGACGAGAAGGUGGCCGCCCUGCACCUGCCCAAGCUGGGCGCCAAGCUCACGCGCCUGACGCCGGAGCAGGCCGCCUACAUCAACGUCAACCCCGAUGGACCCUACAAGCCCGCCCUCUACCGCUACUGA